CCUAGUCUUCUUAUUCUUCCUUUACUUUUCUUCUUCCAAUUCUUCCUUUCUUUCCUUUUUUUCUUAUUCUCUCUUUUUUCCCUUAAAAAACUGCAACCUUUCAUCAUCAUCAAUCACAACACCCCCACCCCCUGAAAGUGUCACUCAUAGUGGAAGGAGGCUGCAUGGCUUUAUCAUUAUCAUCGCCUCUAAUUUCAUAGAGACUAGGGUUAAAAGUGUCUGAAAUUCCAGAGAGAAGAUACAAAUUCUCUAAAUCUAUGAAAACACAUAGAUCUAGGGUUGCUAAUGAAACGAAAGAAGAGGAACGAAAAUCUGAGAGAGCGAUGAUAGUGAGAAGAUGAAGGGUGUGAGAGCGACUCCAUCACAGAUUCACAGCAAGCAAGUGAUGAUAGUGAAAAUGGAGGAGAAAGAUCUACUCUGUAGCCCCUGAAUUAAAGUAGGCAAUAUAUAACUUUUAAGUGGGGUCGCCGUCGGUGUAAAAAGCAGAGCGAAAUGGCCGAGGCGGGUGCCGGAUUGGAAUUGGCGGCGAUGCUCGUGGAGGAGCUACGGCGGGGGAGAGAGUGGGCAGUCCAGCUGCAAGCCGGCGGCGGCGGCCAGAUUAAUAUUAAUAAUAAUAAUAAUAAUAAUGAUGAUGAUGAAGAAGAAUUAAUAUUAUUCUCGUACCCACAACUGCAGCGGCUGCUCCAGAAGAUCAUCUCUUCCCUUGAAAAAUCCAUCACACUUCUCAAUUCCAACUUCAACCUUCCCACUCAUCAUCAUCAUCAUCAUCAUCAUCAAGACAAAGACACUAUUGCCCCUCUCCCUCCUCCUCCCAUCCCCAACAACAUCAACAACAACAAUUCUAGUCCUCUUCUCGCGACGGCUUCAAGUUCAACUCCUCCACCUACUCUUGAAGUCUCAUACGAGGGCGAUUCUCCAAAGCUCGGGGGCCGCGGCGUCUUCAAGAAAAGAAAAACUUCGGGGAGCCAACAAGUUCGGGUUUGCUCGGCAACGGGAUUGGGGGGCGGGCUUGAUGAUGGGCAUAGUUGGAGAAAGUACGGCCAGAAAGAUAUUCUAGGGGCCAACCAUCCUAGGGCAUAUUACAGGUGCACACAUCGAUACAUGCAGGGCUGCAUGGCUAAAAAGCACAUUCAAAGGUCCGAUGCAGACCCUUCCAUUUUCGAGGUCACGUACAAAGGAACCCACACCUGCACUUCUUCUUCUUCUUCUUCUUCUUCAAUCUCUGCCGAAAGCCGGAGCCCAAACGGCGCCCAACAACUUCUGCAUCAGCUGCAGAAACAGGAUGAAAAACAACAUGGCUUGCUGCUGCUGGUAAACAGCCAUGGACCCACUGAAACUGACCUUGAUGAUGGGAACAUUGCAAGUGGUGAUGAUAUCUUCCCCACCUUUGUCUCCCCAGCAUCGUCCGACGACGACUCCUUCAUGAACUUUUCCUUUUUGUUUGAUCAGAACGACAACGACUACUGUUUUGAAGAGCUGACCCAAUUCACGGGCAGGUCCGAAUCUGAUUCUUCCAACAACUCCCCUUUCGCGGAUUGGCAUUUGCCCGCCGCAGCAGCAGCAGCAGCUGAUGAUGAUGAUCAUCAUCAAGUACUGAAUCUUGAUGCAAUUGACAUCUGGGAGUACUUCUCCUAGCUGAUGCAUCUGAAUAUGCUAAUUAAUAUAUACAGAGUAAUGAAUUAAAGCUAGAGAGGAUCAAAUAAGGGCAGAUUAGGGGCUCAUCAUUUUCAUUGUGCUGUCUCCUUAAUUAUAUUCUUUAUAUUGUUUUGCUUCUGUAAGUUCAUCAGGUUUGUAAACAUCUGCCUCGAACAAUUUCAGUUUCGAAUCUGCAUUUGGAAGCUCCUUCAGAAGCCCCACCUUCGUCGGAUCUCCUACAAACACCAAACUUUACAAUAUUUGAAAAACAAAAACCAAUUCUUGAACAACAAGUCCCACACUUUGCAAUGGGAUCAAUCCGUAACAAGAUUUGAUAUUGGUUAUAGGCACGUCAAAGCUAAGAAUUUGUACUGGGAGUUGUAAUAAUAUAACUCACCGAGAUUCCUGAGAGUUGCAUGGACAGUGUAGCCUCUGUGUAACAAGGAUCUUAUGAGGAA